AUGGUUUCAAAAGGGCGCAAAGCAUAUGCAAGCAGCGGACACUUGCUGCCACACGCCGGUUUCAAUCCCAGCGUGGUCUCGGCACCAUCACCAUAUUCCAACCUCCAUGUCGAAUACACCGGACGCGUCGUCGAAGUCAUGAAGAGAUACCCACAUCUGAUCAGAAAAUCGAACGGCGACACGUUAUCGGAGAAGUGCUUCACGGGCGCGCCCUGGUCGGCGUUGCGCAUUCUCCGCAUCAUCGGCAUGGACAGCGACGACGACGAGGAAAUCUGUAUCGCGGCGGAAGCAUCGAAGCAAGUCGUGGCCAUCAUCCGGGCGUCACUCUCAAACACCGACCGGUCGUGGAGACUAUGUCGUCGCCUCUGUCCGUGUCGGAGGAACUUCUCCCUGGGAUGGAUUGCCCUGCAGCUAGGACAGGCGUUUUGGGUGCCUCUCACUGGUGGGCAGUAUGCGCGCAGAGGUUCGCUCGAGCUCGCACGUCUGCGGACGUUCUUCCCGUCGACAGAGAGGGCCCACGUACUUUACCUCGAGUUUGAAGCCACGUCCAAGAGAGCGGAACAGAAGGAGCCGGGCGGCCAAAUCCCCAAGAUCGUGGUGGAGUUAUAUCGUGUGUUGCUCUCCAUUGAGGACGAGAUCAGGGCCAAAGGAAUUGCCAUUGCCCUGAAUGAGGAUGAAAAUUGA